AUGGUCGUUACGGUUUCGGAUGAUGAUGCAUCGUCGUUGUGUUCCUUCGCAUUAGAUGCUACAACUUCGCAGAACUUCUGGUCAGAACGUCCUCAUUCUUCGUAUUCACUCAAAAUCCAGAAUCUCGCACAGCUCAUCGGUGAAAAAUACCAAUCUCGUCGUUUCUUAGUAGAUGACUACAACUGGAGAUUGAUUAUAUAUCCAAAAGGGAAUGAAAAGGACAAUGGAAGUGGAUUUAUUUCGAUGUUCGUUGAAAUAGACAGCACAACUGAGGCGUUAGCAUAUCUCACCUUCUUUGUCUAUAACAAGAAAGUAAACAAAUACUUUUGUUUUCAAGAUACAGAAGUAAAGCGGUUUAAUGCAUUGAAGAAAGUUUGGGGAGUUUCUCAAAUGCUUCCGGUUGAGAUAUUCAAUGAUCCUAAAAAUGGAUACAUCUUUGAUGAAGAUCAAUGCGAAUUUGGUGUUGAUGUGAUGCUUGAUUAUCCCCUUACCAACUGGGAAGUAGUCUCUUUUAAUGAUAAGCUCCAUUUUCCCAAAUUCUCCUGGAGUGUCAAGCAUUUCACAACGCUGAGAGAUAAAGUUUACGUAUCUAAUAAUUUUUCUGUGGGAGGAAAGACAUGGGUAUUAAAGUUGUAUCCCAAGUGCUUCUCUACAUCAUCAGAUGACAAAUGGAUAUCCAUUUGUCUGCAUCUAGCCUACAACGAAAGAUUAAUAAAGGAUGAGAGGAUUUACACGCGAGGUCAUCUCCGAGUUCUAGAUCCAUUUGGAGACGAUCACAUCACAGAGAAAUUUAAUUCCUGGCACGAUGGAUCAAACUCAGGCUGUGGUUGCGACAAAAUUGUGUCAGUGGCUAAGCUUCGGGAGGAUUAUAUGGACGAGGUAGACACUUUGAGUUUAGAGAUCGAAUUUGAUGUUGUUUCUGCAACUAACUACUCACCUACCUCUUAA